AUGAGUUUCAGACAAAAUAAUUCAAAUAGUUCACUGAGAACAUCGUCACUGAAUAGCAAAAGUGCGCGACAAUCUGAAAAAAUAACUAAUCUUGAAAAUAUAAUAGAAAUACUUAAACAAAAUAAUGAGAAUUUAAAAAAGUCCUUAGAUAACAAAGAUGUUAGAAUAGUAAAUUUAGUACGUGAAAAGGAAAAGUUACACGAGGAAUUAAAAUGUGCACAACGAACAAAUAGAAAUUUACACCAACAAUUAACUGACGAAAGAGACAUACAUUUUAAGGAAAAAGAAUAUUUGGUCGAUGAUAUUAAAAGGUUAUCCUUUGCAAGACGUGGAGAUAUAAUUUUCAAAUCAUUAGAAGAAGAAAUUAAAGAAAAAGAUGAAAUUAUUUACAAUAUAUGUGCUAAAUAUUUAAAAAUGAAAUCAAACAAAAUAACAUUGCAAAAAAAACUUAUCAUGUUACAAGAGCAAAGUGAAAAGGUGAACUUCUUAUCGAUAUGUAACUAA